AUGUCAGGUCUCUUUGGCGCCUCGGCCACAACAACUGCUCCUUCAAGCACAACCGGAGACGUCUCGAAGGAUGUCGCUCUCGUACAACCUCCUGAAGACAGCAUAUCCGACCUCCAGUUCUCUCCACAAGGCGACUUUCUAGCCGUCUCAUCAUGGGAUAAGAAGGUCCGCAUAUACCAAGUCAACGAGCAAGGACAGAGCGAGGGUAAAGCCGCAAUAGAUUUCGAUGCUCCAGUGCUCAACUGCGCCUGGUCUGAAGACGGUCAGAAGGUUGCAGGUUGUGGUGCCGAUAAAACAUUUCGGUUACUCGACCUUGGUUCCGGCAACAUGACCCCUCAGACCCUCGUAGCGCACGAACAACCGAUACGCUCCUGUUGCUUCGCGACUAUCAACAAUUCACCUAUCCUCGUUACCGGCUCAUGGGACAAGACAGUGAAAUACUGGGAUUUCAGAUCACAAAAUCCUGUCGCAACACUGCAAUGUCAGGAACGGGUAUACACGAUGGACGUCAAGAACAAAUUGCUGGUCAUCGGCACCGCGGACAGAUACAUCAAUAUCGUCGACCUCAACUCCCCCGAGAAGUUCUACAAAUCCAUGCAAUCACCACUGAAAUUCCAAACACGAGUUGUCAGCUGCUUCACCGAUGCUUCUGGCUUCGCCGUUGGCAGCAUCGAGGGUCGCUGUGCCAUUCAAUACGUUGAAGAGAAGGAUGCCUCGAAUAACUUCAGCUUCAAAUGUCACAGAGACAACCCGAACACCACUGGGCCCAACCGCGAUGUUGCUAAUGUAUACGCUGUAAAUGCGAUCUCAUUCCAUCCAGUCCACGGAACAUUCUCGACAGCCGGUAGUGAUGGGACGUUCCACUUCUGGGACGGCAACGCGAAGCACAGACUGAAAGGGUACCCAAAUGUCGGAGCACCUAUCACCGCAACGGCAUUCAACAGGCAAGGCAGCGUGUUUGCAUAUGCGGUAUGUUACGACUGGAGCCAAGGAUACCAGAAGAACACUCCACAGAUGCCUUGCAAGAUCAUGCUACACGGUGUCCAGCCAGACGAGGUCAAGCCGCGACCGGGUGGCAAGAAACGAUAG